AAGCACCACCUUUUAUUGAAAAAAUAAAUCCAAUCAAUAACAAUCAACAAAAAAUCGACACCAAAAUCAAGACAUUUUUGUCUAAUGGCAAUUUAAUUGUCCAAGUCGGACCGGCACCAGAGGUUGUAAAAUUUUCUGCGAAUCGGAGCCACGUAUUGUGUCUAAAUGGCUCAAGACCGCCCUAAAGCCAUUGAUGACAGUAAAAACUCAAGACGUAACGGAUAGUCUCCAGACAGGGGUGCUCUUGUGAUCGGUCCAGACGUUCAUCUAGUCGAAGUGAAGCAAGUGGUGUGCUAGCUAUGGCAGUGUUAAAAAUACUUUUCUUAUUUUCACUUCACAUUUGUGCCCCAAAUUCGGUUGUUUGCGGACCGACUGAAGAUUAUAAUUACUCGUUGGAAGAUGAGCAAAAUUCGGUUAAUUUCACACACGUGCGUGCGAAAAAUUUGAGCGGGAAUGUGCAGUUGACGUCGCUUGAAGUUUUGCGAACAGAAAUGUUAAACAAUGGCUUUGGGAAAGUCGAAGAGACCACCAAAGUAACAGUCAGUGUAAAUAAACACAUUGGAACAAUCAUCGAAAAUCAACAACAAGACUCUUUAUUGUCCGAAGUUGGGACAAAAGCUCCGACAGAUGGUCUGGAACCGAUCGGUUUGAUGGAUGUUUUUAACGACACAUCUGGCACUUUGCCCGAUCAGACCACUACAGAAAAACUAAUCACUGACACUCCAUUAAAUUCAGAGAUCACUGAAAAAUCCCAAGAUUGGGUUUCAGGUGAUUUGAGUUUAAUUUCGACGGUUCGAAGUGAAAGAAUUAAUUCAGUGGAUGAUGAGAGAGUUGCCUUGAUUAGGGGACUGAUUUCAGAGAGUGAAGAAAUUGAGAAUUUGUCCACGUUUUUAGAGGUUGAUGAAGAAUUGCUAAAUGAACAUGAGGAUGAGAAGGACGUGGAGGGGGCGAUUGAGGACGACAUUAAUAAUAUUUUGACGGAAUACGAAGACAAUGAAGAAGAAAUAAACCAAAAUAAAACAGAAACUGGGUCACAAGCAGUUAGAGAAAGCACCACAAUUUUUACUCAAGAGAAAGACGAAACGGUGGCUUCAACGUUUACAACUGAAGAAAUUUCCUCGACUACACAAAAUAGUGAAAAAGAAAUUUUCAAACAAACAACAAUUUGGAAGAAAUUUUAUCUAGAUGAAGAAACAACCACGGGAUUUUUCACAACUUUUUCCGAAAAUAUUUCUACAGAAAAACUUUACGAAACGACACAAAAAGAAGAAAAUGCUGUAACUGCAACAGAUAUAACAAGUCAGGGAAAAGAAACAACAGAGUUUGCAGUAGCUGAAGAUUUUAAUGCGAUGUCAACAGCAAAAGAAGAAAUUUAUAUGACUCCUACAGAAAGUACAACUUAUAAUUUUCUUAUUGCAAAAACUGAAAAUGAAGAAAUUAAAAUUGCUGAAGAAACUGAAGCAUCGACACCGAAUUAUGAAAACGAUGGAGGAAGAAAAUUUGAAACGAGCCGAAUAAAUGAAGAAAGUUUGUCCACUGAAAUGUUUACAGAAGAACCCUCCGAAAAUAUUACAUUACUUUUAAAUAAACUUGAAGAAACUGAACUAUCGACAUCAACAACCGAACUUUACACAACAAUUUUUGGAAAAAAUACUGAAAGAAACUCGAAUAUUACCGAAACUAUGGAAAUUUUUACAGAAAAUCAAACUGAAAUUGUACAAAAUCAGGAAGGGAAUUUAGCUACAACACCACUUUAUGAGAAGGAAUUAGAACAAUUAGAAGAAAUUAUUGAUAACAUUACAACAACUUUGAAUAAAUACGAAGAAAUUCAAGUUUUCACGUAUGAACAGCAAACAACACAGUUUCAGCAACAGUUUGACACCACCACAGAACAUGAAGAAAGCAAGAGAAAGGCAGAAAAAGAAAAGUUUGCAAUGAAAGAAGCAGAGGAAGACCAAAUUAAAAAUAAAAUCUUUACAAAAUCCCCAGAAAUUUUAAGAGAAGGUUGGAAAAACAACACGGAAGACAAGCUUGAAAAUAUAAAUGAAAUAACUAAUGAGGAAAAUUUUGAUAAAGGUCACAUAUCAGAAAAAUUAGCAACUGAAAUACGAGGUGAAAACAAUGCCGAAAAAAAAGAAGAAAAUAUUAACACAAAUGAAGCAAGUGAUGAUAUUUUACCAACUACAAAUUUUAUUUUAACCACAAAUAAAACCCAAGAAGUACUUUCCACAACCACUGAAGAAAAUGAAGAUUUUGUGUCAGUUUCCACUCCCACUAACACAACAGAAACCGAAAUAAACGGAGGUUUUUUGAAUUCGUUAACAUCAGGAAUUUCUAGUUUCCUUGGAACUUUUUUCGAUUCAGCAGAAAAACAAUUCGAGGAAAAAAAUUUCGGUGACGAAGACAUGAAAAAUAAAUUUGAGGAAGAUAAAUAUAACGACAUAUUCAACGACGAGACUGAAGAAACCAAAGAAGAUAAUAAAAUUAAUCAUUUUACUAAACUAAAAGUUAAAGAACCGUACAGAAAUUAUUUGAAUCAGUUUGAGGAAGAAACGACAACGAUAAACUUAAACUUGGAGGAUUUGAAUUCAGCCUCAAAAUCACCUCAUUUGCCCUCGAAAGCCGACAGUUUGAUCAAUUCUCCAGAAGUGCCCCAAAUUUUGAUUAAAAUCAACGACGAAGAAACAAAAGUUGUUAUCAAAAUUAUCACCAACGACUCGACCUCGUACAUCCCCUCAAACGCCCUCGUCUCAUUUCCAUCCCCGAACACCGUCAACAUCACGUGGAAAUCGUCAUCGUUUCGAAACAAUUCUUUACAAUUUGUUAUGGGAAAUUCUCUCCGCCUCGUUAUUGUCAAAGACACCGAAAUAUACAUCCACCAGACACUUAUCCACGAAAAUAAAUUCGAUGUUGACACGAACUUAAUCACUUUAGACGACGACGUCCAAAUUUAUUUCUCUAAUAGGGACAUCUUGGGAUUAGAUCAACGAAUCAAGACCGAAUUUUCGGAAAUGACAAGUGGGGGCAAAAACUUGGCCGAGAUUACCGGAGGCUGCGUGGGGGCGUUUCUGCUGGUCGCAGGUCUUGCCUAUUUCAUCACCAAGAAGUUGAGAGGAGAGAAACAGAAUUUCGAACCCAACACCGCAGGGGCAUAGUUCAGUGUGAUGCAAACCAAAGAAACUUUAUCUUUGUAGAACAAUAUUUACGUAAAUCACUUUAUUGUAUAUAAAAACCUCGUUCUUUUGUAAUAAAU